AAAUAUUAUGCAAAUUGAAAUUUUGUGAAAGAUACUUCUCAACGACAAUAUGAAAUGGUCAACUAUUUGGAGGCUUACCUUUAAACUUUCUUACCAAAUACGUGACAUAUCCUUCAUUUUUAGUCACUAUUUUAGCUUCAAAUUAUUGGUUCUUUAACUACUUUUGUUCUUUGCAACAAAGAUUCUACAAUUUUGAUGACCUUUUCCCCUGAAUUUUAUUCUUUAAUAACAGUAAUUUAGUUAUUUUUAUGUACUUUUUUAAAGGCCGGCAAAAAAAAAAAAAAAAAAAAAAAAAAGUCUACUUCUAUUACAUAUACAAGUAGUUAAGUCCUUAACUCUUUUUUUUUUUCUUGACUGCUGCUUAUUUUUUGAUCUAGUUGAUCAUGGAAAACUCUGUUUCUUCCUCCCUUUACAAAGUCAUUACAACAUCGGAACCGAACCUCGAAGAAGAUAGUGUACCGGAGGAGAGCGGGUGGACGCAGUAUAUCGAAGAUUUCGAGGCUUACAAUAAGGAAGGAUAUGUUCAUGAAAACAGCACUAGCUGUUCAAGUUAUAUGAGUUAUUCUAUGGUGUCUGAUGCCGGUUCUGGACCCGAAUGGAAAAACAAAUACAGUAUCAAUCCAGCAGGAGGUUGUAAUUCAUUUGGUGUUUUACAAAAAAUGCCUAAGAAAUUAAAUUUCAAGAAGAAAAUUCCUUUUGAUGAUUCCUUAGAAGAUACAGCUUCUUCCCCUGUUAAUAGUCCCAAGAUUACUUCUUUUUUCAAGAGGAUGGAUAUUAAUUCCAGAAAAAUGGACAGCGACAAUGGAAGUCCCAUGGGCAAUGAAAUCUCAAUUGAUGAUCAUAUGGAAUACAAUAAUAUAAAUAGAGAGAAUGAUUUCAAGGAUGUAGAUUGCAUUGAUUUGAAGCAAAAGGGAUUAUGCGUAGUCCCCCUAUCUAUGGUUGUCAACUAUCUUGGUUGAUAUGUUCCCUUUAAUUUGUCAUUUUUCUCUCUCCUCCCUAAAAUGCAAAUAUAACCAAGAAUUUCUUAUAGUUCUAUAGAUUGUAUUUGCAAAAUGCAUAUGUGAUUAAUAUAGCAUUAUUAUUAUUACACAAUAAUUUAGUGUAACAGAAGAACAGUUGCCUCACUCUUUGUUAAAAAAUCAUCUACUGUUGUAUGUGGUGGUGGUGGACUAUUGGUAUUGUUAUUGUUACAAUCAAUAGUCGGUAAAUUUGUAAAUAAUUUGCAUUCUUGUAUAGCUAAUAUAUGUGGGUUUUUUUGGAGUA